UCACUUUUUGUCAUUUUCAAAUUUCCCGGCGUUCCGUCUCCUGUACGUCCCGACGCUCGCAGGGGACGGAACCCAGAAGACAGAUGCCGGCAUCCGCCGGAUUACAUUGCCAGGGACACUGCAGGAGGGACAUCGCGGGAGCGCAGGACAAGGUAAGUGAUCGAGGGAUCCCGGAGCAGCGCUGCAUGGUAAGCCCGAGUGUAGCUCGGGGUUACCGCUUGUGGUACUGAAACCUUACCCCGAGCUACACUCGGGAAUACUGCCAGGGAGGUUAAAAGUCAGAAUUGCU